CUCGCUUUUAACUGGUGUGGUGUUGUCCCACUCACUACUUAUAGAGACCUUACCGCUUGUUCAGAUUUCCACUCAGAAGAUUUCAUUUAGAAUUUCAUAUCAGGUACAAUGGCGAGUAAAGUUUUUCUCCGUCUGAUUUGUGGAGUUUUGGCUGUUUUGAGUGUGUUUUCAGUGAAUGCGGAUGACCCAUAUAGGUAUUACACUUGGACUGUCACUUAUGGAACCAUUUCUCCUCUUGGUGUUCCCCAACAGGUGAUUCUUAUCAAUGGUCAGUUUCCUGGACCUAGAUUGGAUGUGGUGACUAAUGAUAACAUCGUUCUCAACCUUAUUAACAAGCUGGACCAACCUUUCCUCUUGACCUGGAAUGGUAUCAAACAAAGGAAGAACUCCUGGCAAGAUGGAGUAUUGGGAACCAAUUGCCCCAUCCCUCCAAACUCAAACUACACUUAUCAGUUUCAAGCCAAGGAUCAAAUUGGAACCUACACGUAUUUCCCCUCAACUCUUAUGCACAGAGCUGCUGGAGGAUACGGAGGACUCAAUGUCUAUCAAAGGCCAAGGAUCCCGAUCCCUUAUCCUAUUCCUAAUGGAGAUUUCACUUUACUUAUCGGUGAUUGGUUCAAAACUAAUCAUAAGACAUUGCAACAAACUUUGGACUCAGGGAAAUCUCUUCCAUUUCCUGAUGGACUUCUUAUAAAUGGCCAGGCGCAUACCACCUUCACUGGUGAUCAAGGUAAAACGUAUAUGUUCAAGAUCUCAAAUGUGGGCUUAUCGACUUCGUUCAAUUUCAGGAUUCAGGGCCACACAAUGAAGCUAGUUGAGGUUGAAGGAUCUCACACAAUUCAGAACAUAUAUGACUCACUUGAUGUGCAUGUUGGUCAAUCUUUAUCUGUCUUAGUAGCCCUAAAUCAGCCUCCAAAGGACUACUACAUUGUUGCAUCCACACGGUUCACCAAGCAGGUUCUCACAGCUUCUGCAGUGUUACACUAUGCUAAUUCUCAGGCCUCGGCUUCAGGACCCUUGCCUGCUGCUCCUUCAUAUCAAUUACACUGGUCCAUGCAGCAAGCCAGAUCUUUCAGGUGGAAUUUGACAGCAAAUGCUGCCAGGCCAAAUCCUCAGGGCUCAUUCCAUUAUGGAAAUAUAACCACAACAAGGACUAUUGUUCUGGCGAACUCAGCACCUUUAAUCAAUGGAAAGCAGCGUUAUGCAGUUAACGGUGUCUCCUAUGUGAACUCUGAUACCCCUCUAAAGCUUGCUGAUUAUUUUAACAUCCCUGGAGUUUUCAGUGUCAAUUCCAUCCAAAGCGUACCCUCCGGUGGUUCUCCAACUGUAGCGACCUCUGUUUUGCAAACCUCUCUCCAUGAGUAUAUUGAGGUUGUCUUUCAGAACAAUGAAAAUACCAUGCAAUCCUGGCACCUUGAUGGUUAUGAUUUUUGGGUUGUUGGUUAUGGUUCUGGACAGUGGACAGCUGACAAGAGAAAGACCUACAAUCUAGUUGAUACUCUGACUCGACACACAACUCAGGUCUAUCCACAAGCUUGGACUGCUAUAUAUGUGUCCUUAGAUAACCAAGGUAUGUGGAACUUGAGGUCUGCGAUAUGGGAAAGGCAAUAUCUCGGACAACAAUUUUAUCUCAAAGUUUAUAAUGCAAUCCCCAGCCUCGCAAAUGAAUACAACCCUCCCUCAAAUGUUCUACUUUGUGGGAAAGCUGUUGGACAUCACCCUUAGUCUCUCCAACUACUUAUGUUAUUAUACUAGUCAUUUGAUUUUAUCAGUCAUGAAGGUAUGACUGCAAGAUAAAGAGAGACCUAGCUGGGAGAAAAGAAUCUGGAUUCAAGGAUUCCAAUUUUUUAUUUGUACAUCUCAAAAAUGUUUCAGUGAAUUUUCAACACAUGAUUAUCUGUUAGCCUCCCUAUGUUUGUACCCAAUUUUCACUAAGUUUGAAGGUUAUCUGUUAGUCUUGAUAAAGCAUCUUUCUUCUGGUUUAA